AAACGGUCGUCGGACCUUUUUAAGGAAGCGACCGGAAGCGGCUUCUUGUUGCCACGUCGGGAUUUCUUUGGAAUCUGUUUUAUUCAUUCAGGAGGAAAUAAGGAACGUUUAUCAUUUGUUAGUUGUUUGGUGCUUCCGCCGCAGUUAUGGUUUCUGUCAUCAACACGGUGGACACGUCUCACGAGGACAUGGUGCACGACGCCCAGAUGGACUACUACGGGACUCGGCUCGCCACCUGCUCCUCCGAUCGCACCGUGAAGAUCUUCGACGUCAGGAACGGGGGUCAGAUCCUGGUGGCCGACCUCAGAGGCCACGAGGGCCCCGUCUGGCAGGUGGCUUGGGCACACCCGAUGUUCGGCAACGUUCUGGCUUCCUGCUCCUACGACCGCAAAGUGAUCGUCUGGAAGGAGGAGAAGGGCUCGUGGGAGAAGAUGUACGAGUACUGUGGCCACGAGUCGUCAGUGAACUCCGUCUGCUGGGGUCCGUACGACUUCGGGCUGAUCCUGGCGUGCGGCAGCUCGGACGGCGCCAUUUCCCUGCUCACGUUCACCGGCGACCAGCAGUGGGACGUCAAGAAGAUCAGCAACGCACACACGAUCGGCUGCAACGCGGUGAGCUGGGCGCCGGCCGUCGUCCCCGGCAGCCUCAUCGACCAGCCGUCGGGCCAGAAGCCGAACUGCGUGAAGCGCUUCGUGUCCGGAGGCUGCGACAACCUGGUGAAGCUGUGGAAAGAGGAGGACGGCCAGUGGAAGGAGGACCAGAAGCUGGAGGCUCACAGUGAUUGGGUGAGAGACGUCGGCUGGGCGCCGUCCAUCGGUCUCCCCACCAGCACCAUCGCCAGCUGCUCUCAGGACGGACGCGUGUUCAUCUGGACGUGUGACGACCCGGCGGGGAACACCUGGACGGCCAAGCUGCUCCACAAGUUCAACGACGUGGUUUGGCACGUCAGCUGGUCCAUCACCGGGAACAUCCUGGCCGUCUCUGGAGGAGACAACAAGGUGACGCUGUGGAAGGAGUCCAUGGACGGCCAGUGGGCGUGUAUCAGUGACGUGAGCAAAGGGCAGGGCGCCGUGUCCAGCAUCACAGACACCCAGCAGAGCGAGCAGUGAGCCCCCACCCUCCUGUUUGGUGACAUCAUCACAAGUUCUGUACAGAUCCUAAAGUUCACCAGGAGUUUCCCAUGAUGCUUUGCUCCUGAAACAUUCCACCAGCGGAGAACGAAACCAGAGACUUCCAGUAAAAUACACAAGUUAAUUAUGAUUUACUGAACUAUUGAUCUGUUCUACACACACACACACACACUCACACACACACUCAGAAACCUACUUUAAUCAAAAUGAAUGAGAUCAGAAAACUGGAUGUUUUUCAUAUUCUGUGUAAUUAAAUAUGUUAAACACACAAAGUGUUUAUUUGGUUCUUUAAAAGCAGUUUGAUCUUCGAUCGGUUUAUUAUUGAUUUAAGCGGUUUUGAAUUUCAGUGAACUCUUAUUUUGAAAUACGUGCGUUCAUACGAUUGGCUCCCAGCAUGCUCUGGGGCAACUCAUCAUCACUACUAUCGACUUGUCAAAUCUCUUGGAUCAAUAAAGUUUGAGUCAUGUGCAUGCGCUUCAAUACGUAA